CUAGUUUAUGUGAGUUAACUUGUCUCAUACGUAAGGUGUUUCUCAACGUGCAGAGCAUCAGUUUUCCCCUACAAAAGUUAUUGUCACAAUAAACGGAUUAAAUUUUCAAAAAUCUCAAAGAAAUGCAUAAUUGGAUUUAACAUACUCAUCAUCUUCUAUGGUCACGUCAAUGAGCUUCUCCUCUUUGAUCGGAGUAACGUGUGUUCUUACUCUCGAACAACCAACAAUUUUUCCAAGAAUAUCUACAAAAUAGAAAUUAUAGACUUUGUUAUUAAUUCAUAAAUAAAAUGUUUUUUAUUACAAAAUUUUCAUUUAAGUACAUACCUAGCAAGAAGGGGUCUUCAUUUGACGGUGUUCCACGGAUGCGGUCAAAAGAUCGCAAGUUGAACAUAAACUCAGGAAAGCCAUUUUUGGACAUGGUCUUUGCUUCAGUAUGAAUGUAGAUGGCCAACAAAAAUUCAUGCCUUGUUGUUUUCACAUUUUGAAAGUUAUCAUAGAUCAAGAAAUUUCUUAUCCCAUAGACACCACCUUCUACAAUUUGUUCUUUGUAUUUUUUGUUGUAUGAUUUUUUGAUCUGACAAUGAAUUCGAGUUCCCUAUAAUCACCAGAACAAUAUAUGAAGGAUUAAGAUUUUUCAUGCGCAUUAUUUAUUUGUUGCACGAACAAAAAGAGUACCAAAAAAAUGGAAUAAUUGCCAUAGUAAAAGAUCAAAUACCUCCUCAUCAUGAAAUACAACUUCCAUUGAUUCAACAUUUCGUCCAUAAGGACCAACAUGGAAAUAGUCGCACAUCGCCCCUCAUCCCUUCCGCCCCGUACAUUCAUCUCUCCUCCUUCGGUUACUCUUCCGCCGUCCGCAACUCCACGCCGCCGCCGCGCCGUUGCCGUCUUAUCGCUUCACGAGCUCACGCGGAGUUUUCUGUUUAGAUUCUGGGGACGCAGUGAGUGGCACUUUGAAUUCACCUAAGUUCACGGAGAAGGAUAAAUCUCAAGGUGAAAUGAUGGACUGGAAGUCUAUGUGCUUGUUUAGCUCGGCUCUAUGUGAUCUCUGAUAUUAGGACCUGAAAGGUUCGAGUAUAGCUUUAGAACUUUUGGAUUGUCGAUAUCUGGAAUUGGAAUGCUGGGCAAAGAGGAUACCUCCUGUGCUGGAGGUGAUGGUGCAAGUGGGAGUGGUGGUUUGAGGGGGCCAUGCCAACUCCCAAGUGGGCGGAGAAUGUAUUGGCGGUCGGCUUCGUGGUCCUCUUCAAGGUCUUCGUUGCCCCCACUAAACCCCGAAGGUGAAAAAGACAGUUUAGAUCCAAAUGCUCAGAGUCGGAGGCCGUUAACUCCUAGAUCACAACAUAGUUUUAAGGGAAGGUCAUGCCUUCCGCCAUUGGCUAUUGCUCGCAGGAGUCUAGAUGAGUGGCCGAGAGCAGGGUCUGAUGACAUAGGGGAGUGGCCACUUCCUAGUACUCCCAGUGCGAGGGAUUCAAUCAACAAUAGCGAGAGGCUCAAGCUUGAUCUCUCGAACAUACAGAAAAACCCAGAGAGGAAUGGAGGUCUUGUUAAAAGAGAAAAAAUUGCUUUCUUUGACAAGGAGUGUUCGAAGGUGGCCGAUCACAUCUAUCUUGGUGGGGAUGCAGUUGCCAAGGAUAGAGAACUUCUUAAACAGAAUGGGAUCACACAUAUUCUUAACUGUGUAGGCUUUGUAUGCCCAGAGUAUUUUAAGUCUGAUUUUGCAUACAGGACUCUGUGGUUGCAGGAUAGCCCAUCAGAGGAUAUUACUAGCAUACUUUAUGAUGUUUUUGACUAUUUCGAGGAUGUUAGAGAACUAAACGGCAGGAUUUUUGUUCAUUGUUGCCAAGGGGUUUCACGGUCUACUUCGCUAGUGAUUGCUUAUCUUAUGUGGAGAGAAGGACAGAGUUUUGAUGAUGCCUUUCAGUAUGUGAAGGCAGCCAGGGGAAUUGCUGAUCCAAAUAUGGGCUUCGCAUGUCAGUUGUUGCAGUGCCAGAAAAGGGUGCAUGCUUUUCCUUUGAGCCCAAGUUCCUUACUGAGAAUGUAUAGAAUCGCGCCACAUUCGCCUUAUGAUCCAUUGCAUCUUGUCCCGAAGAUGUUAAAUGAUCCCACUCCAUCAGCUUUGGAUUCCAGAGGUGCAUUUAUAAUACAUAUACCUUCUGCAAUAUAUGCUUGGAUUGGUAAGAAAUGCGAAGCUAUCAUGGAAAGGGAUGCCAGAAGUGCUGUUUGCCAAAUUGCUCGCUAUGAGAAAGUGCAGGGACCAAUAGGACUGAUCAGCGAGGGAGAGGAACCUUCUUACUUCUGGGAUGCUUUUUCCAAUUUCCUGCCACUAAUGGACAAAUCCAACAAAGGUGUUGAUGUUGUUGGAUCAUCAAUAAAAAUUUGUCCAGGGCAACGGAUAGUGGAUACAUAUAAUAUCGACUUUGAAAUUUUUCAGAAGGCAAUUCUGGGUGGGUUUGCACCUCCUUUUGCCUCAUCUGAGGCUGAACAUGAAACCCAUCUACCUGUGCGGGAAAGCUCUUGGAGCAUGUUAAGGCGUAAGUUUGUUUCUGGGAACAUGAAGGAUUUCAUAUCUGCUUCAAAUCAAGGACUCUCAAGAGUCUACCCUGAUUCGACACGUGCAGUACUUGAUAAUUCGGCAUCUAAGCAGCUGUGUUCUCCUUUGCUGUCCUUGUCAUCAAAUUCUUCAUUAUCACCAUCAUCAGUAUCCUUAUCAUCUUCGUCAUCAUCCUUAUGUGCUUCCUCCUCUUUGUCAUCGUCUUCAUUCUCAUCACCACCCUAUCUUUCGCCCGACUCAUUUUCAUCUGAUUCGAGCUGUAAUUCUUCACGAUGUUCAGACUCCCCUUUGGUGUCUCCGUCAUUUGUCUCAUGUGCAGAUUUAACAUCUUCAGCUCUAUCUGGCUUUUCUGAUAUGUCUCUUCUUCCGCCAAAGCUUUCUCCAAAGUCGAUAUCUAAAACUUCAAAGUAUAUUGAUGUGAACUUUACUCUGCGAUCUUCACAAUCAACUUCUUCGCAUUCUAGAAAGUUCCCAGUUUCUAUUGCUGAAAGGAGAGGCAGCCAGUCAAAGUGUUUGAAGCUACCCAUGCUGACUGAUGAUGCUCAGGGGAAAGAUGGAAUGGGUGUGACUUAUGGGUCCAAUUUGGGAAGUGAGUCACUUCGGAUGGAAGACAUUUUAGAGCCUCAUAGAGGGGCAAAUGCAAGUAAAGAAACCGACUCGCUUAGAAUUUCACAUAUUGUAAUCAAUAAUGAUUCUCUCUUGAGUGAGGUUAUAUCCAGCACCAUUCGAGAAAGUCAUGUUUCUGGAGCAAAUGACGUGCUCUUUUUUAAUGGACUAGUGGAUGGUCAUCCUAGCAAGCUUAUGCAACCUAUAAUAUUUAAGUGGCCCAACUUGGAAAAUAUUGCACAUUUGAGUGCUGCUGAUGAUUUGGAUUCAGAUUCUGUAUAUAUUUUUGUUAGUUCUAGACCACAGUUUAAUAAUGUUCAGUGUAGGAUUUUAUAUUUUUGGGUAGGAAGUUCUUUCAGCUGCAAGUCAAGUAAUGUAUGCUCUGGGAACUGCCAAAGCCUAUGCGGUUCCAAAGAAAUUCACUGGGGAAAAAUUACUUCUGAUGCCCUUCAGCAUAUGGGACUGCCACUGAAUACUGACAUCAAGAUUGUCAAAGAAAAUGAAGAACCGGAGGAGUUCCUAGAUUUGUUGAAUUAUUACAAGUAGUGCUCACAUGGACGAGAGGCAUGCAGUAAUUUUCGUAGAUCACUUCUCUUAAAACCCUUUCUGAGUAUCCACGAUGCGAUUCUGCCAUUAGAGAACGAAGGCGCCGCGUUUAAGUUUGCCAGAGGUGUGGUUUAACUGGAUGAGACCCGGGGGCACCCGAUUCCAUCUGGGAAGAAUAAUUUCCAUGACCAAGAACUAGAUUUUUUAUUAUUAUCUUCCCCUCCUUUUUUCUCCCCCACAAAGAAAAAAGUCAUGUAGAUUCUUAGGGAAAAAAGCUUCCAUUGCAAUUUCCAUUAUUGACUACAAUUGAAUUGUACAUUUUCUAUGCCCUGAUUAUAAAAGCCACAUGUUGAGAUCUGAACAAUAAAUAGCCUAUAAUUUC